CUGGAUAGUGGCCCCUGACUUUGCCCUCAAAGGUUUAGAAAGUUUCCUGUGGGGCUUGGAGUACAGGAUCCCAUAAAAGCCACCACUGAGGGACACUGGGCCUUCAUAGCCACAGAAGGUCUUUUGGUGCCAGUCAACAGUGGGCCUGUGCCCCCCUGCCCCACGCCUCCCUUUCCUGGGUGCCAAGCUCUUUCCAAACGACAUUUGCGUCCAUCUGGGCUCCCUCGUCCUAGCCUGGCUGCUCAAGCUCCAACUAAGGCAGCCUCUGGCCUCCCUUCCCAGGCCCAGGGCAGAAGCUGGCUGCUGGCCAGCGGUUGUCUUCUGGGUCGGUGCGGGUGGAGUCUGGCUGGUCUGUCUUCCACCCUUUCCGCCUCCUGGCAAGUCCUGAGCUGCACCUCAUUGCCCGGCCAAGGGGCGGAGACACGGGCGACUGGGGGCACCUCCGGUGACCAGGACGGGGCUGCGCUCCAAAGAGGCCGUUGGGCCUGGAGUGGGGUUGGGGGUCCGAGAAGAGUUGAGUGACAUCUGCCACCCCAUCCCGGGUUCAGCUGUUUCAGCCCCUCUCAGCGCACGGAGACUGUUAGACCCUUCCUGUGCUCCAGCGCGUCCCGUGCCGCUCCCAAACCGCACGAUAAGCCCCACCGGGAGUGCGCCAUAGGCCGGGGUGCGUCACGGGGCCGGGGCGGGGCGGGCCGGGCCGGAGUCCGGACGUCGGGAGCGGGAUGGCGGCGGAACAGGACCCCGAGGGGCGCGCGGCGGCGCGGCCGCUGCUCACCGACCUCUACCAGGCCACCAUGGCGUUGGGCUAUUGGCGCGCGGGCCGGGCGCGGGACGCCGCCGAGUUCGAGCUCUUCUUCCGCCGCUGCCCGUUUGGCGGCGCCUUCGCCUUGGCCGCCGGCUUGCGCGACUGUGUGCGCUUCCUGCGCGCCUUCCGUCUGCGGGACGCCGACGUGCAGUUCCUGGCCUCGGUGCUGCCCCCAGACACAGACCCUGCGUUCUUCGAGCACCUUCGGUCCCUCGACUGCUCCGAGGUGACGGUGCGAGCCCUGCCCGAGGGCUCCCUCGCCUUCCCGGGCGUGCCGCUCCUGCAGGUGUCCGGGCCGCUGCUGGUGGUGCAGCUGCUGGAGACACCGCUGCUCUGCCUGGUCAGCUACGCCAGCCUGGUGGCCACCAAUGCAGCGCGGCUUCGCUUGAUCGCAGGGCCAGAGAAGCGGCUGCUAGAGAUGGGCCUGAGGCGGGCUCAGGGCCCGGAUGGGGGCCUGACAGCCUCCACCUACAGCUACCUGGGCGGCUUCGACAGCAGCAGCAACGUGCUAGCGGGCCAGCUCCGAGGUGUGCCCGUGGCAGGGACCCUGGCCCACUCCUUCGUCACUUCCUUUUCGGGCAGUGAGGUGCCCCCUGACCCGAUGUUGGCGCCGGCAGCUGGUGAGGGCCCUGGGGUGGACCUGGCAGCCAAAGCCCAGGUGUGGCUGGAGCACGUGUGUGCCCACCUGGGGCUGGGGGUGCAGGAGCCACACCCAGGUGAGCGGGCAGCCUUUGUGGCCUAUGCCUUGGCCUUUCCCCAGGCCUUCCAGGGCCUCCUGGACUCCUACAGCGUGCGGAGGAGUGGUCUCCCCAACUUCCUAGCAGUCGCCCUGGCCCUGGGAGAGCUGGGCUACCGGGCAGUGGGCGUGAGGCUGGACAGUGGUGACCUGCUACAGCAGGCCCAGGAGAUCCGCAAGGUGUUCCGAGCUGCUGCAGCCCAGUUCCAGGUGCCCUGGCUGGAGUCAGUCCCCAUUGCAGUCAGCAACAACAUUGAUGAGGAGGCGCUGGCCCGACUGGCCCAGGAGGGCAGUGAGGUGAAUGUCAUUGGCAUUGGCACUGGCUGGGCUCACUGCCACCUCCUUUCCCCCACCCAGGGCAGUGAGGUGAAUGUCAUUGGCAUUGGCACCAGCGUGGUCACCUGCCCCCAACAGCCUUCCCUGGGCUGCGUCUAUAAGCUGGUGGCCGUGGGGGGCCAGCCACGAAUGAAGCUGACCGAGGAUCCCGAGAAGCAGACGUUACCUGGGAGCAAGGCUGCUUUCCGGCUCCUGGGCUCUGACGGGUCUCUACUUAUGGACGUGCUGCAGUUAGCAGAGGAGCCAGCGCCACAGGCUGGGCAGGAGCUGAGGGUGUGGCCUCCAGGGGCCCAGGAGCCCUGCACCGUGAGGCCAGCCCAGGUGGAGCCACUACUGCGGCUCUGCCUCCAGCAAGGACAGCUAUGUGAGCCGCUCCCAUCCCUGGCAGAGUCUAGAGCCUUGGUCCAGCUGUCCCUGAGCCAACUCAGCCCUGAGCACAGGCGGCUGCAGAGCCCUGCACAGUACCAGGUGGUGCUGUCUGAGAGGCUGCAGGCCCUGGUGAACAGUCUGCAUGCAAGGGCGUCCCCCUGAGACUGCCAGCUAUAGGCCCCAGUGGACAGUCUGCGUGCAGGGGCGUCCCCUGAGACUCGGAGCGGGGCUGCCUGGAAACAACACGAAUCGCUCACUUCUCCCCA